CAAGUUUCCAUUAGAUCUGUUUGUGUAGUUCUCCCUCUCCCCAUCCUCUCCCCUCCACUGCAACUGGAUCCUUAACGGCCAGAGUAAACGUGUGCAGGCAAAGGAAAGGAUCAGAAAUCAGAGAUCAAGAUGUCACCAAACCUUUACCCACGACUCCUCACUUUCCUGACAUUAGUUUUUCUACUGGCUGUCUCAGAUGUAUCCAGCGAGAGCCCUUUGCACAAAAUUCUAAAGAAGAGAGAAGUGGAGGAUGGUGUAAAGCCAGCUGUAGCUGUGGCAGUAGCUCCUAGCAAGGCUAAGGAGUUCCUGACUUCUCUAAGGAGGCCUAAGAGGAACCUGUGGGACCGGAGUCGCCCUGACGUACAGCAGUGGAUCCAGCAGUUUAUGUACAUGGGCUAUGAUGAGGCGAGACUUGAGGCUGACCUCUCCUACUGGAUGGACCAUUUCAACUCCAACGACCAAGGGCGACAGCAUCACUAUGAUGAGAAUUCCCCUAUGGGUCCUCGCUACCCCAGUGCUUACAGACAUGGAGCAAAUGUUAACUACGAUUACUAUUAACUUUUCUUUGGUGAAUGGCCUUAACAUUGCAGUUCUUUCUAUUUUAUCUACUACAGUAGACCCUUGACUUAUGAAUUUAAUUGGUUCUGAAGGGCUUUUCUUAAUUCAAAAUGUUCGUUAGUUAAACCUAUUUUUCCCAUAAGAAAUAAUGUAAAUAGAAUUAAUCCGUGCCAGACCUCCCACAUCACCCCCUUACCUAACCUUUCUAAUGUCUUGAAUGCUCUUUUUUGUUAUAAAUACAAG